GCACCCUCGUCGGACGCUUUAAUGGUUGUUUUUCCGGUAUAGUUCGUCUCUCACGCCAAGUUAUUUCGAAGUGACAAAUAAUUUUUUACUCCAUUUCUAUCCGAACUGUAUUGUUAUAAGAAAAUAUUAUUAUUAUCAAUAAUAAAUAUAUAUUUUAUUUACGAUGUACACUUGUACACAGAAGAUAUAAAAUGAAAAACGCCGGGUAAAUGUUCAAUCGUCGAUGUCCUGGCUCGUCGAUGAAAAAACACAUACAAAUCAGGAAAUUCGAUGGAGAGAAUGAAAAUACCGUAAUUUAUUUUAAACCUAAUUUUAACAUGGGUGAAUGUAAAUCAACUACAAAAACUACAUCUAUUAUGAUGGCAUUACUAUUUUUGAUAGUAGAUCCUUGCGACAUUGGUGAAGCAGUUCAAAUGCUUGGUGUUAAGGUGCCUGCAUACAUAUUUAUGGGAGACUCUGUACAGUUAUUUUGUGAUUAUGAUAUGCAAAUGGACAAAUUGUACUCAGUUACCUGGUACAAAGACAAUGAAGAAUUCUAUCGAUACGUUCCAACAUCUAAACAUCUCAAACACAGUUUCAGUAUGGAUGGUAUCACAGUUGAUCAUAUUUACUCGGACAACAAAAAAGUCACCUUGCGUUACGCUAAUUUGUUGAUGAAUGGCGAAUACAAGUGUGAAGUAUCUGCUGAAGCACCGUUCUUUACGACUGUACAUGCUGAAUCCAAAAUGGCCAUAAUAAGUUUGCCGAAACCAAAAGAUUUAACAAAAAUCAAUGGAGGCUCUGGAGUCUAUCAAACUAGUGAUACUAUUUAUUUAAAUUGUACGUCAGGAGAAUCAUUUCCCGCUGCAAGACUUCGGUGGUAUAUUAAUGACAAAAUGGUGGUUUCUAAUUACGACCGCUCAGAAAAAUUACGGAACGGUUUAUACAUCAGCAUAUCCAAAUUAAAUUUAUCAAUAUCUCCUGAUCACUUCAACAAUGGCUUAAUGAAAGUUACAUGCCAAUCCAUCAUCAAUAUAGGUCGUCCAAAGGCAUUACCACCUCCUAAGGAAUAUAAACGUGAAGCAAUACUCUUGGUGCGUGGAUCAGCAGUAGCAAUGUGUAUAACGUUCAACUUUAAAAUAACAUUAAUAACAUUAACAUCAACAUUGUUUUUACUAAAUACGUCGUGAAAACGGUAAAAAUUGUUAUCCAAUUAUUUUGGCUCCUUCAUUUAAAUUAUGCGAAAUCGUAUGUUAUCUUGUUAUAUUAUCAAAACUGUUUAAUAAACUUUUUGUCCGCACGAGUUGUAAGUUGUAACUAUACAUUUAUUGUUUUU